AUGCAAACUGGCCCAGGACACCGCUACGUUUUCACCAUUCGUAACCACCCGUCGAUGAAGAGUAAAGAAAUCGCCUUUGCAAUUGCUCAGCGAAAAUGGGCUGUUCUUAGUUUGGACCAAGAAGUACUAGUGGCACCUUUUUCAUUCAAGAGCAAUCAGUACAUCGGAUCCAUAACCCUGUCAGCGGACUUUCAACUGAAGAAGAAUGCUACUUCUGAGCCGUUGAAUUCCGAUUUCAUGGCGCGUGAAUUUUCUAUGCAAUUUGGUGGUAUGGCAUUUGCUAAGGGUCAAUUACUCGUCUUCCAAUUCAAUGACCCCGAAAAGGGCAAGACCUUCACGUUAUCCCUCGUCGUGAAAAACAUUGAAGGAAUCGACCUCAGUACCGCUGCUGCCGGUGAUGAAAAAUCGAAGCAAUUUCCGAUCGAUUGUGGCCAACUGUUGCCUAAUUCGGCUAUAAUUUUCGACAAAGAAGAAGGAUCGACGAUGAAUCUUGUCGGAAAAAGCAAAGGAAAAUCUGCCUAUCGCUCCAUAAUCAAUCCCGAUUGGGACUUCCAGAAGAUGGGAAUCGGAGGCCUGGACAAGGAGUUUUCAGGAAUCUUCCGACGAGCUUUCGCUUCCAGAGUAUUUCCGCCUGAGUUUAUUGAACAGCUUGGCAUGAAACAUGUGCGAGGAAUUCUGUUGUUUGGGCCUCCUGGCACUGGUAAAACGUUGAUGGCACGCCAAAUAGGUAAAAUGCUCAAUGCACGAGAACCGAAAAUCGUGAAUGGACCACAGAUUCUGGAUAAGUACGUUGGCGAAUCAGAAUCCAACGUCCGGAAGCUGUUUGCUGAUGCUGAAGAAGAGUGGAGAAGAUGUGGCUCUAAUUCGGGGUUACAUAUCAUCAUCUUUGACGAAAUCGACGCCAUCUGCAAGCAGAGAGGUUCCAUGGCUGGGUCAUCAUCUGUCCAUGACACCGUCGUUAACCAGCUCCUUUCGAAAAUGGAUGGUGUGGAGCAGUUGAACAAUAUCCUUGUCAUUGGUAUGACAAAUAGAAAAGACAUGAUCGACGAGGCCUUACUUCGACCCGGUCGUCUUGAAGUUCAGAUGGAAGUUAGUCUCCCGGAUGAAUUCGGUCGUCUACAAAUCCUGAGGAUUCACACCUCACGAAUGCGGGAGUUCAAGAAGUUGGACCCAGAAGUGAAUCUGGAAGAGCUGGCCAAGCGCACUAAGAAUUUCUCUGGUGCUGAAAUUGAAGGUCUCGUGAGAGCGGCUCAAUCCAGUGCGAUGAAUCGACUAGUGAAAGCUGGAGGAAAAGUUCAGCUUGAUCCCGAUGCCAUAGAGAAGUUGGUGAUAAAUGCCGCUGAUUUUGAAUACGCCUUGGAAAACGAUAUCAAACCGGCCUUCGGGCGAAGUGACGAAUCAUUAGAGAAAUUCCUCCGUCGUGGUAUGGUUGUAUGGGGUAGCGAAGUGACGCGUAUACUCGAAGAAGGUGCUCGCUUAGUUGAAGAGACCGUGAACCCAGAUGCUGGAGGUUUUGUCACUGCUGUUCUAGCAGGUCCUCCACGAUCUGGAAAGAGCUUCCUGGCUGCUGAAAUUGCUCGCACAUCUGACUUCCCUCUUAUCAAGGUAGUAUCACCUGGAGAUAUGGUAGGAUUUUCUGAAUCGGCAAAGUGUCAAUGUCUCCGAAAAGCAUUUGCGGAUGCUUUCCGUUCGAAACUGAGCGUUCUUCUGAUAGAUAAUAUUGAACGAUUACUAGACUACUCACCUGUUGGUCCCCGUUUCUCUAACCUUGUUCUCCAGGCGCUGUUGGUUCUGUUGAAUGAGCCCCCUCCACAGGUGCGUUCUGCGCAUUACAUUUGA